AGUAAAGAAGUUGCAUGGUCGAUCCUUAUUUCAGAGUCAACGGAUCUUUAUCGAGAAACUGUAACUGGAAAAUUCCAUAAGGCCUACCAAACCAGUUCCUUAUGUGCCUUCUGGAGUAACCACUUUUCUCAGACAUCCCUAGGUGACGUUGAUGAUG